AUGUAUCUAUCGAGAUUGCUUGCGCUAUUUGUCGUCGGAUUCUUCGUCUACAGAACUAUCAAGGCGAGAAUUCGAAAGCGUCGAAUCAGACAGAAAGAGGCUCAGCUAGGAUGUCUACCACCGCCGGUCUUCAAGUUAACCAAUGGAUUGGGUUUGCCAUUAAAGAAGGAGUCCAUGCAAGCAACGAACGAAGACCGGAACCCACAGUACAUCAUGGAUACAAUGGACAGUAUCUCCCCCGACUGUCACACCGUCCGCGUGCCUAUUUUCGACUACGAGAUCUUCGUCACCCGCGACCCUGAGAACAUGCGAGCAAUCUUCUCAACGCAGAGCAACGACUUUGACAUCUCCUACUUCCGCCAAAUGAGCUGGCUAUCCAUGAUAGGCAAAGGAAUCUUCACGACACGUGGCUGGGACUGGAAACACUCUCGCUCUCGUCUCCGGCCACAGUUCGCGCGAGACAUUGUGUCGGAUGUUGAUCGUGAACAGAGACACGUCGAAGCCCUGAUGAAGAGAUUACCCAGCAACGCAGUGACCAAAUGGACAGACAAGGUAGAUCUGCAACCACUCUUCUUCAACUUCACGCUCGACACCGCAUCGGAGUUUUUGUAUGGCCAAUCCGUGCAUUCGCAACAAGGAACCAAAGAAGGAACUGAGAUGGCUACCCAUUUCCACAAUGCGAAGAUGACGGUUCAUAGGCGUAUUGAGCUUGAUAAGUUUUACUGGGUGAUUAAUCCCAGUAAGUUCCGCAAGGCGUGCAAUAGUCUUCAUAAGUGGGUUGAUGGGAUUGUCACGGCGAGACUUGCUCAACUCGAACAGCAGCAGCAGGGGGAGAAGGUUGGGUUUGAAGGCGAUGAGCCCAAGCAGCAACGGUUUGUGCUGCUUGAUGAACUGGCUAAGGAUACGCAGGACUUGAAUGAGCUUCGCGGUGAGACUUUAAAUGUCCUCGUCGCCGGCCGCGAUACUACCGGCUCUCUUCUUGGCUGGGUAUUCUAUUUCCUCGUCCGCCAUCCGGAUGUUUACACCAAAUUGCGUGAAAUCGUGCUUGACACCUUCGGCGCUCACCCAACCCGAACAAGAAUCGAUUUCAACAUCCUCCGCAACUGCGCUUACUUACAACACGUCAUGAAAGAAGCCCUACGUAUUGCAACGGUUAUCCCUAUGAAUGAGAGAGUAGCGCUGCGCGAUACAACUCUUCCCGUUGGAGGAGGAGAGGAUCGAAAGGGCAAAGUCUUCAUUCCUGCCGGUACACAGAUCUUGAUUCCUACCUAUGCAAUGCAGCACCGAAAGGACCUCUGGGGUCAGGAUGUGGAAGAGUUCAAGCCGGAGAGGUGGGAAGCGAAGAAGCAGCCUGGGUGGGAAUUUAUUCCUUUUGGUGCUGGGGAUCGGAAAUGUUUGGGUCAACAAUUCGCAUUCACCGAGACAGGCUAUGUCAUUGUACGAUUCUGUCAACGAUUUGAUAGGAUGGAGAAUAUGGAAGAAGGAGACGGACGGAUUCGGCUUCAUCAUGCGAUUGAAAAUAGGAGUGGGACCGGUGUUCAGGUCAGGUUGCAUGAGGCGGACUACGAGUAG